AUGGAUUCCAUCGAAGUCAAGCCCAAGAGGGCUGACUCGGACACCAGCUCCGAGAAGCUCAAGCACGAGGCCUCCGACAAGGACGGCGUCGAAGUCUCCAAUGUCCCCUAUGUUCUCAAGGGCGAUCCUACAGAUGUCGAGUUUGCCGGCAACGUCCCUUCGCCCGAAGACGGUGUCGUCGUUCACAACGCCGCUGAUAUCGUCACGCAGGUGCUUUCGCUCGAGGAUGACCCUUCGCUCAACCCCUGGACCUUCCGCAUGUGGUUCCUAGGCCUUGGCCUUGCCAUCUUCGGUUCCGUCCUGCAGGAGAUCUUCUACUUCAAGCCCCAGGUAAUUUACGUCUCGCUCGUCUUCUUGACGGUGAUCGCCUACGCCUUUGGUGAAUUCAUGGCCGCCGUCAUCCCCAGGCGCGGCUGGAUGGGACGAUGGCUAAACCCCCACCCCUUCAAUUUGAAGGAGCAUGCUGCUAUCACGCUCAUGGCCAGUGCCGGCACCCAGUCUGCGCUUGCGACCGAGGCGCUCGCCGCCCAGCAGCUUUUCUACGGCGGAUACCCGUCCAAGGCCGCCGGUAUCUUCCUCGUACUUUCUUCGCAGCUCAUCGGAUACACUGUCGCUGGUCUCCUCCGCAACGUUCUUGUGCGCCCCGUCAAGAUGCUCUGGCCUUCCAACUUGCCGCUGACGUCGUUGCUCGAGACCUUCCACGGCAGCAAAGCGCCCGACGCCAAGACCAUCGUCAAGAAGCGUAUGAAAAUUUUCUGGAUCAUCGCCGCGAUCAUCUUCGUCUGGGAAGUGUUCCCCGAGUACAUCUUCCCCGUGCUCGAGGGUGUGUCGAUCUUCUGUCUCGCUCGCCAAGACAACAUGGUGUUCACCAACCUGUUCGGUGGCGCUUCCGGUAACGAGGGUCUGGGAUUCCUGUCGAUCUGCUUCGACUGGCAGUACAUCGCUUCGCUCGGCUCGCCCAUGUGGCUUCCUCUCGAGACCAUGGUCAACUCGCUCGUCGGUUACCUUGGCUGCAUCAUCCUCUUCAUGGGCAUGUACUACGGCAACAUCUUCCGUGCCCAAGACUUCCCCUUCCUCUCGCAGGAGCUCUUCGACGGCACCUCGAACGGCACCAACGCUUUCAUUUUCAACCAGACAGCCAUCAUGACUCCCGAAUUUAUCGUUGACGAUCAGCUGCUCAAGGCGGAAGGCCUCCCCUGGCUCACCACCACCUACCUGGCCUACCUCAUCACCACCAACCUCGGUCUCACCGCGUGCUUCACCCACAUGAUGCUGUGGAACUACGACGACCUCAAGGCCGCCUGGUCGUGGGCGUCGCCAUCUUCGAUCAAGGAGCUCAUCUCGGACCCGCACUGGUACAAGUUCUGGCGCACCAGCACGCCCGAAGAGGACCAGGCCUGGGCCGCCAAGAUGAUGGACGACGACCGAUGCGACCCUCACUACAAGAUCAUGAUGAAGAACGAAUACAAGGAGGCGCCCAUGUGGUGGUGGGGUGCGCUGCUCGCCAUCUCGUGGGCCGUCGGUCUCGUCUGUCUUUACGUCAUGAAGGCGACGCUCCCCUGGUGGGGUUUCAUCCUGAGCACGCUCUUCACCUUUGUGUUCGUGCUCUUCUUCGGCGCCCAGCAGGGUAUCACGGGUUUCGGCUUCAACAUUCAGCCGAUUUGCCAAAUGCUUGCCGGUUACCUUUUCCCCGGUCGUCCUCUCGCCAACCUCUACUUCACCUGCUACACCUACAACGCCGCCGCCAUGGGCGGCGUGCUCGCUAGGGACCUAAAACUUGCUCCCAUGUGCACGUUCGCUGUCCAGGUGGUCGGCUGUCUCGUCGGCGGCAUGAUGAACUGGGUCAUGAUGGUCGACAUUGUUCAGAACCAAGCUACGAUCCUCAAAUCGGUUCAGGGUACCAACAUCUGGUCCGGUCAGAACAUCCAGCAGUUCAACACGCUCGCCAUCGCCUGGUCCAUCGCCAAGGACAUGUUCUCGGUUGGCGCCAAAUAUCAAUGGGUGACCUUGGCUUAUCUUCUGGGCUUCUUCGUGCCCAUCCCGCAGUACCUCGCCAACAAGAUCUACCCGCACCGCGUCUGGAGUUACUUCAACAUCUCGAUCAUCGCCUGGUACAUGGGCUGGCUGUUUGUCGGCAUCAACGCUUCAAUCACGUCCUACUUCGCAGUCGGCUUCUUCGCCCAGUUCUACCUGCGAAAGUACCGCCCCAGAUGGUUCAACAAGUACAACUACAUCGUUUCGGCCGCGCUCGACGGCGGUACCCAGACCCUCGUCUUCAUCCUCACCUUUGCCGUCUUUGGCGGCUCCGGAAAGGAUCGUCCCUUCCCUAACUGGGCUGGCAAUCCCGACACUUCCGUUCACAACUUGGACUACUGCGCCGUAUCUCCCAUUGUAGUGCAGUAA